ACCCCAGCCUGAAUGAUGACACUUCUUCUUCAGGUCCCAAACAUUUUCCCGACUCUCCACAUUAAACAUAUUUUCGCCAAAAAACCUUCCAAAAAUGUCACAUUAUUUUUAAUUUUGUUGAAAUUUUUUCUCUUUUUAGCUCUCACCACUCCCGGUCUGUUGAUGAUUGCCCAGGUCUUUUUGGGUACUGAGGCAGCAUGGUCGGUGACAAUUUUCACAUUGGCUCUGUUUGCUCAUGGUGCUGUGACGCCCGGUUAUUUGGGUAAUGGUUUGGAUAUUGCACCCAACUUCAGUGGUACCAUUUUUGGUUUGGCCAAUACCUUAUCCUCCUUUGGUGGUUUCCUGUCCACAUGGAUGGUUGGCGCUCUGACCUAUGAAGAUAAAUGCUAUCAUCAAUGGCAAAUUGUGUUUUGGAUCUUGGCCAUUACCUAUAUCUCGGGUGCUGUGGUUUAUCUAAUUCUGGGCACUGGCGAAUUACAACCUUGGAAUAAUCCACCAGAGCGCAAAAAAGUUUCAGAUGUGCACAACGAGGAGGGUGUACCACUGAAAAAUUAAUUAAACCCUACAACAGUACCGUGAAUACAAAUUAGUGAUAAGUUUCAUUUUUUUUGUCAUAUUGAGAGCGUGUAUUUUUUCUUUGUUCUUUGCCAUUUUCUUUUAAUUUCUUAUGUAUUAUACAUCAAACAAACAAAUUAAUUAUAGUUUAGCAAAGUUUUAGAUGGUAUGGAGUAAGUGAACAUAGUAAUUCAUGCAGGGUGCUCUAUUCUAAUGAAACAAUUAAACAAAAAUAUGUGUAUACUAUAGUUAAUUAAUGUAUGUAUGUGUAUGUAUUUAUUAGCCACAAUUAUUGCUACUAUAUUAUGUAUAUGUACUGUGCUGUUUAAGUUUUAAGGGUUCAAAAUUGUUUGAAUUCAAUGAAUCUACUUUUGUAAAAGAAAAGUAUAACCUUGGUGGGAAAUAAUCUUCAAUGUAUUUUGUAAAGUUAAUUUGCAUUUGAUUUUGAUUGAUUUACGUGGUUGGAAUAAUUUUGAUAAGGUCGGAUUUCAUUAAGUAUGAGGGCUCGAUAUUGGAGAAGAACUCAAGGCCAGUUCAUGUAUGUGGAAAAAAAGAAAUGCGAAAAAAGUCCUUUUUAUGAGUGGUUUUAACAUUUAUUUUAUAUUUAUUCAAUUAAAAAAAUCAAAAAUUAAAACAAACACCUAUAGAUUUUUUUUCAAUUAAAUUUUAUUUUUUUAUAUUAAUUUGAUUGAAAUCAACACGUAAAUAAUUGGUUUUCUUAUUUAUUUCGACGUACAUCAACAAUUUCUAAAUAUUUUGCCCCAUUUCUGGAAUUUUCUUUGAUCGACCUGCAUUUAAAAUUAUUCCAACGUGGGAAGUCUUAAUAUGAACUUUGAAUUUAUUUCCUAUCCUUAUAUUAUGCACAGUACAUUUAUUAUUUGCUUAUAUAAACAAAUUAAUUCAUAUUCAUAGUAAAUAUUAAAAAAAUCUCUGUCUUUCGAGAAAUCCCACCUUAGAAAAUAUGCAAAAUGUUAAUAAAAUUCCCAAACUUGCCCAAAUCUUUUUUAGAUUUUACAAAUAAUUAAAGAAAUAUAAUUUACACAUUAAUAGAAAGACAUUAUUAUUUUUUAGUUAGAAUUAUUUUAUAAUAUACAUUUUUCUUAAUUUUCCAAAUAUUAUUUUUCACAUAUUUAAGGCUUCCAAAAUUUAAUAUUUUUUAUAUAUAAAAUAGAACAUGUUUUUAUUUAAGGGGAAUUAAUAUAACCCAGGUAUAUUUUUGUGGUAUAUGCAUGAGUUAAAAUAACAUUGUUCUUAAAAGAAAUAAAUUGUCAAUUCAGGAGAUUCAAUUAUUGGAUAAUUUAUAGAAAUUAUUUAGUAAAGAAAAUUCUUAGGAUAUACUCCAAAAUGUUUCGGAUUUUAUACAAAUAGCUUAAUUAGAACACCAAUUCAUCUGUUUAUAACGGGUUUUCAAAAAAAAUAAUAA